AUGGCCGGGCCAACCGUAUACGAAGACGUCGCCGAGGAUUUGGAUUUCGGAUCUGGGCCCAAAUUGUUCACAGGAAAGAAGUUCUUCGUUGCACAACGCGUACCGAUCCGGAAACACCUACUUGACGACAUAAAGUCCAAUGGCGGAGAAGUCGUGUUGCUAGAGAAGCAAGCAGAUUACCUAAUUGCCGACCACUUCCAGAACCAUUGUCCACCAGGAUCGAUAUCGUACCAGUUUAUAGAGGAGUCUAUCAAGCAAGGCGAGCUUGCGAAUCCGGACGACCAUCCCGCGGGACCACCAAUCGGCCAGGCGCGAGAGGCAGGCGCAACCCACCAACCCCCCAAAAUCGGGAGAUCAGCAUAUACGGCAGAGGAAGAUAGGAUACUCUACAAAUGGGUACGCGACGCCGAAGCUGCGGGCGGCCUUGCAAGUGGGAACGAGCUCUAUAAGCAGCUGGAGCAAAAGUAUCCGAGGCACACAUGGCAGUCAUGGCGCGAUCGCUAUCUCAAGAAACUGAAACAAUAUCCUCCAAAGGGGUUGAGUGUAGCUGACAACGCUCCUCCUUCUCCCGCUUCCGAUCGGUCCAACGAACGCGCGCCUCCAGUAGCCCCAAGAGAAGCACCCAAGAAGAAACAGCCUGCGUCUAAGCCUGUACCCGCUACCAAUGUCAGUGAAAAGCCCAAGAAACACGAAUAUAAGGUGAACGAGCUCACUGACAUGUUCACCACGGAAGACUGGCUAGACCUCUACGCCUAUGUUGACCUUAUCGAUGCAACCAAAGAGGAUGGGCGCUACGAUGCUAAAUGGGUUCUCUGGGCAGAACAUCGGGGCGAGCAGACGUCCGAGCAAUGGAGACAGUACUACGAAAAGGUUGUUCGUCCGCAGUGGCUACGUGAUCCGCAAUCGAAAAGGGAUAGAAUCAGGGAGGAAAUGGACCAGAAGCAUGCUGAAGAGAAGUUAAGUCAGAGUCAAUCCGUGCGCGAACAGCUUUCAGAGCAUGAGGAGUCCGACGAAGAACCAGUAGCACCUACGCCCGCGAUUAAGGAGAGUAAAGCGGCCGACCAACCAUCUGAAUCUGAAGAUGAGGGGUUUGAGAACUUUCUCAAUGAGGAAGGAGCCGGCAAUCCUCCCGCAGCAUAUAAGUUGUACGCUCGAGAAAUGAGACAGGCUGCAUCGACUGCCCAACCUAGUCUAGACUAUGCCGCACUGCAUAAUUUCCUAUUGACGCAGUGGCACUCGCUUUCCGAGGAUGAGAGAGCGCCUUACCUUGCCAUGGAUCAAGCUCUCACAGAAAUCACCAUAGUCACACCAAAAGCCAAGACCAGAAUAGCUACCGACAACAAACUGCCAUCAUCCUCAACGGCUCGCCCCGAGUCUCCGGAAGCAUAUAGGAAACUGCACGAGACGUUUGUGAAGCGAUUACGCGAUAAUUCAGAAGACGAGGAAGAUGUACAAGUACCUCGACCCAUCAAACGCAGAAAGAGCAGAAGUGCAACACCUACCAAUGACGACGUAAUUGGCACUGUGGACCAGCCAUUGGAGAUUUCUUCUGCGGAAAGUUUUCAGUCCCUGUCUGAAUCAGAGCUUGCUGGGCAAGAGACUGGACCCGAUAUGCCCGUGACACUAGAGGUCGAAGAGGACGAGGAUGAGGAGGCUACUAUGGUCGAGCACGGCGGCGAGAAUGAAGGGAAUGAGGUAGAGAGCAUCGAGUCGGAUGAUUUUCUACGUUUCCAAAAACUGCCUCCACCCCCGGACAUCUACGAUACGGCCUCCGAGGACGAAUUGCCUUCAAACACCCCAACGCCACGUGCUGUACGACAGACCAAAUCCAUUUUCGACACACAAGCAAUCCUGUCUUCACCCACCGAAGACCCCAGAGACAAGUUUAUACGAUCCUUUGGCAAGGAUGCAACGCCCAAACAAAAAGCACUCAGCCCUUCACCAUUCGACUACCCAGAAUCUGUUGCUUCAACAACUCAAUCUCUCGAAGAAUUUCGCAGCUCCCUGCGAGAAAAAGCUGCGGCUGAAGCAUCCCCCAAACCGCUUCGUAUAUCUGCUUCCCCAUCACCAGCACCAUCUAGCGUCUCUUCCACAGGCUCAGGUGAUCCAGACCCGCCCCUCACAGCCGACGAGAUCAACGAGUUCUUCGACGAACAAAACGCCAGAGGCAUAUCCAACGCCUUCGUCAGCGCAGCACUCACACGCACACGCUUACGACCUGAUCUUGCCAUCGAAGUACUAGACGCAUGGACAGCAGGAAAACCCCUGCCAAAUAAAAGGGGCAUCUGGAGUAAAGCCGAUGAUGAAGUCGUAGAAGGUUGUGAUGGACCUGCACUGAAGCGGUUGGAGAAGAAACAUACGACGGAUGGGUGGGGCGGUAUUACAGAGCGCUUAAUAUUUUUAGAGGGGGCUAGGAAUCGGAGGAGUGGAAAGUUUGAGUGA